AAGUUUUUCAAAGUUUCAACUAACAUGAUUCAGACCCUUAAUCCCUAUUGGAGAGAAUCAUUUCCCCUCUCUCUCUCUCUCUCUCAUCCCCACCAAACUACCCUUUUCAAAGUGUAUGGUAUUUGGUACUUGGCUCUAACUCUCAAAGCUCUGCAAAAUCCAGAGCUUAGACAGAAUAAAAGAACAACAGCAACAACAUUUGGGGGUUUCUAAUUCCCACCUAACCCAAUCCUAUGUUUCCUCCACACUGCAUUCUCAUUACUUCACUGAUACUACUAUUCUUAUUUGUGGGUCUCCUCCUAUGAUCUAAACCACUUGUCUUGUUGUUCCUUAAAGGUAUUAUCCAUGUCCUACCUCACUCCAUUUUUCAAAUUUAUAUGAUUUUUUGUUCUGUCUUUGUCUUUGAACCACUGUCUGAGAACUGAGAAGUGAAAGAGAUCUUGAGGUUUGAUCUCAUGUGCAUUUUGGAAGGAGAUGGGGGUGCAAUUGGUUUUCAUGUUGAUCAAACUCUUCCUUGCUGUCACUGCUUUGCUAGUUCAUGGAUCUGCAGGUUUUGACAUCCCUUCACUAAGAGCAGCCUCGGUGCUCCUCCAUUUCAAAAUAGGAACCCGUGACUUCGGUUCUUAUAGAACCACCAGAGCAAGUCAGACAUUUCUGCAAAAUGCUCCUCCAAGCUUUGGCCAGAAAAGACACAGAAGUCUAGUUCCAGAAUCCCCAAACAAAGUGUUCCACCAUUUAUUACCCGAGCACCAUUCUCCAGCUAAAGCCCCCAGUCAAAACCCUAUGAGGCAUUCUAAGACUGCAUUUGCACCUUCCACAUCAUCUUUCAAACGCACUGCAAAAAAAUGGAUACAGGGCUAUGCCUCUUCGCCUUCAUUAUCAUAUUUUAAGCAUCAUCAUGCAAGAAAAAAAGUCAUCAACUUUGCCCCUGAACCAUCUAAUCAGCUUCAUUCACCGACUCACAGCCCACAAGGUGGACCAUCCAUCUCUCCGUUACAUUCUCCCUUUCCGUCAUCCACAGGGUGGAGUUCUCCUGCACCAGCACCAUUAUCAACAACCCUAUCAAACCAAUUUAAUAUGCCUGUUCCUCCGCCUACACUAUCUUCAUCAAGCUCUUCCCAGAAAGAGAAGAAAACUCCACCACCCUCACCAAUUUUGGUGCUGCCACCUCCGCCUCCUAAUGGAGAUUGUACAUCAGUGACAUGCACAGAGCCAUUGACAUAUUCGCCUCCUGGAUCACCCUGUGGCUGUGUGUGGCCUAUUGAAGUCAGACUGAGUGUUAGUGUUGCCCUAUACACAUUCUUCCCUUUGGUUUCAGAACUAGCCAAGGAAAUUGCAACUGGCAUUUCACUAAACCGAAGUCAAGUUCGCAUUAUGGGAGCAAAUGCAGACAGUCAGCAGCUAGAGAAAACCAUCGUCCUUAUCAACUUGGUACCACUAGGAGAAAACUUCAAUCAUUCUACUGCAUUUUUAAUCUACAAGAAGUUCUGGCACAAACUGGUUUCCAUAAAGACUUCCCUCUUUGGUGCCUAUGAAGUGGUAUAUGUUCGCUAUCCAGGUCUUCCACCCUCUCCACCUUCAGUGCCUUCAAGUGCUGGCAUUAUAGGUGAUAAACCAUUUCCUGGUCAUGGCAACAACGGAAGGGGAGUAAAACCUAUACCAGUUGAUGUGCCAAGGAAACAAAAGAAUCGGCUUGGUGGGAGCAUGAUUGCUGUAAUUGUUUUAUCAUCCGCCACAGCUUUUGUUGUAUUAAUGGGAGCUAUUUGGCUUUUGUUGUUGAGAUGUGGAGGUUGCAGACGUCAGCCUUACCAUUCACCACAUGUUUUGGUCUCCUCCCAGGGAAAACCAUCAGGGGCUGCAGUGCCUUUAAGAUUUGGAAGCAGGCCCAGUUCAGAAACAAUGUCCUUUAGUUCCAGCCUACUGUCAUAUACUGGAACUGCUAAGAUUUUCAGCUUAAAUGACAUAGAAAGAGCCACUGAUAAUUUUGAGGCUUCAAGGAUACUUGGAGAGGGUGGUUUUGGACUUGUCUAUAGUGGGAUUCUUGAGGAUGGAAGGAAGGUGGCAGUGAAGGUUCUCAAGAGAGAUGAUCGGCAGGGGAGCCGCGAGUUCUUGGCAGAAGUUGAGAUGCUUAGUCGUCUGCACCACAGAAACCUAGUUAAAUUGAUUGGCAUCUGCUCAGAGGACCACACCCGCUGCCUGGUCUAUGAACUUGUUCCAAAUGGGAGUGUGGAAUCCCAUUUACAUGGAGCUGACAAGGAAGCUGCUCCUCUUGAUUGGGGUGCACGAAUGAAGAUUGCCCUUGGUGCAGCUCGGGGUUUGGCCUAUCUGCACGAGGACUCAAGCCCUCGUGUUAUACAUAGGGACUUCAAGUCCAGCAACAUCUUGUUAGAAGAAGAUUUUACACCUAAAGUUUCAGAUUUUGGAUUGGCUAGAACAGCACUGGAUGAGGGAAACAAACACAUAUCAACACAUGUUAUGGGAACUUUUGGUUACUUAGCUCCAGAAUAUGCAAUGACUGGUCAUCUUCUGGUGAAAAGCGAUGUUUAUAGUUAUGGUGUAGUCCUCCUUGAGCUCCUAACUGGAAGAAAGCCCGUGGAUUUAUCACAACCGCCAGGUCAAGAAAAUUUGGUUGCUUGGGUUCGUCCACUUCUCACAACCAAGGAGGGCUUAGAAACAAUCAUCGACCCAGGUAUAAAGUCAAAUAACACAUUUGACAGUGUUGUGAAGGUAGCAGCAAUCGCAUCAAUGUGUGUGCAACCGGAAGUAUCUCACCGUCCUUUUAUGGGUGAAGUUGUUCAGGCCUUAAAGCUUGUGUGCAAUGAGUUUGAUGAAACAAUAGAGCCUGCAUUGAGAAGUAGCAGCCAAGAGGACCUCUGUGUGGUUGUAGAUAGUAAGCUUACCAGAGCUUCAGGUGAGCUCGUUAAAGCUUCGUUUACCCAUUACCCAAUGUCUGUCUAUGAUUCUACCUUCGACUCUAAGAUAGUAUUAUCAGCUUCAGAUUUGGUGAGUGUGUCAGCCAGAUUUGAGGAGCAAGAACAUGAAUCCUAUACGAGGGUAUCUAAUUCCGCGCCUUUAGGAAUGGGGAAAAAAAGAAAGUUCUGGCAAAGAUUAAGAGGUUCAUCUAAAGGCAGCGUGAGUGAGCAUGGAUUUUCAUUGAAAUUAUGGCCAGGAUCCCACUAAGUCAUGCAAAAGCUGAAAGCCCCAGAAAGAUGCACUCUCUCCCGAAUAAGUUAAGGAGUCGCCAUUGAUGGCGUUGAUGAUGAUCACUGAUGAACAGCCUGAACAGGACCAAGAUGAUGAACUCUCAGAAUUAGCAACUUGGUCAUGGUGGUUAGGCAUUUGAAAACUGAAGCAUCAAAUGACAAUGGGUAGUUUACAUCACCUCAAUGAGGAGUUCAGGGUGGCCUGGUUUUGCGUAGAACGUUAUAAGCUAUCUUCUGUUCAAUUCUUGGGUUAAUGUAUUGCUGACAUAGUUAUUUCGGAUUAAAAAUGCAUCAAAUCCUUUUUAAACCUUAGCCCAUUUUUUAUUUUUUAUUCUUCAUAUGAAUAUUUUGUGAUUUGAUCUUA